AUGCCUUUUGGUGGCUGUACCAAAUUUGUAAAAAAGACCUUUCACUGUCAUGAUGCAGCUCAGGAAGCCUUCAAAAACAAUAUUUUAGACGUAUUGAACAUCGAGAAGACAACUCGAUUCCAACAACUUAUAAAAUCACUUUUCGGACUACCUCCCCCGACUACGGAUGCCGACGGAGAGGGAAAGUGGUCGCUAGUUCUGAGCGAUCUGGCAGCGGUCCGCAUCUGUUUGGGCGAUACAAUAUGCGACGCCAUUCAAUGUUCUCCUAAACAUAAUCCGAAGCCAGUGGUCAGUCAGUUUUCGGAAACGAGUGAAUGUGUCGAAGCAAGGGUUCCUUUCGAUGCCGAUCAAGAUGCCAUCAUAUAUAUUGACGUGGGCUCCGCACUCAAGCUUGCUGAUAUGCUAUUUCCCGCUGCCAGCGAAAGAGUUGCCUCAAUUCUUCAGUCGGAUCCAUCAUCCGUAUCACGGAUAGAUUUUGCACAUUUCACCUUGCAAGGAGCGUCUGUGCCCGCCAUAAGACUAUUAUUCGGCACAUCUAUCUACGAAGGUAUAGAUCAAAGCGAAUUGCGAAACUGGGAAAAAGACCGUUUGCUUCUCGACAAGACAGACUGCAUCACGAUACAAUUGCGGAGAGAACAGCCGGAGUAUGGAAUAAUUCGAUUGCGGGUUGGGUUUUGGCCAGGAGUGAAUCUGGUAAACGAGACUACUUCACCCCCUCAAAUAUGGCAUCCCUACCCCACCACACGUGACCAACGGAGAGCCCAACUGCAAAUAGACUCCGUAGGCUAUGAGAAUCCUUCAUCACAUAUAAAUAAACCUCUUGUUUGA